CUCUGUUCAACGGCGACGGCGGCUUUGCAGCCAUCGCAGUGGCGAGUUGCUCUCUCUUUGACCCAGUAGAUCUCAUAUAUCUCUAGCCCACCAUGUCGACUCCCUCACUUGCCCCAGAAUCCUCCUCAUACACGGCCAUGGACCGAGACGUCGAAGCCAUUGGCAAACACUGCGAGUUUGCCUACUGUCAUCAACUCGACUUCCUCCCUUUUCGUUGCGAGUCCUGUCACCAUACUUUCUGCCUGGAUCAUCGUACUGAAACAGCACAUAAGUGUACUCACGCUGGCGAAUGGGCUAAAAAUAGACGACGUAACAGCGUGGGGCGGGCGUCCGCUACAUCAACUUCUGGUGCCGGGCGACCCAACCAUUCCAACGCCGCACAGUGCAGCAACCAGAGUUGCAAGACCUUCAUAAAUACCUUACAAAACACAGGUGUACACUGCCCGCAUUGCAACAGGAAUUAUUGCCUCAAGCACCGCAUGCGAGAGGAUCAUGACUGCAAAAAUCUCAUACCACUGGGUGCAGGACCUGUCGAUAUUGCCGUGCAGAGCAACAAGGAAAAGAUCAAACUCGGGUUUGGACGGUUAAAAACAUGGGGCAAAAGCCAACAAGAGACGCUUCUACCUAAGCCCAAGCCGUCGAGUCGGGCUGCACAAUUGGCUGAUUUGAACAAACUGAAAAAGAACGCCAAAGGAGAUGACAAGCUAGAUACGGAGAAAAGAGUAUAUCUACAUGUUGAAGCCGAGGCAGCAAGCACGACAAGCAAACUUCCCAGGGCUGAUCUGUUCUUCUCCCAAGACUGGAGUAUUGGACGAUUAUUGGACGAUGCAGCAAAGAGGCUACAGGUCGCAAAUGUCAAUAAUCGUGUGGAGACGGAGGAACAGCGGCUUAGAGUCUAUCAUGUCGAGGGUGGUAGAUUACUGGAAUUCUCAGAGAAGGUCGGAAAGUCAUUAAUCAACGGGAACACAGUUGUGCUUUUGAGAGGUGUAGGACCUAAGGCGGCUCCCUCGUAAUUUGAGAUAUCUACUGCUGUGUCCGAUGUUGAUCGAGAUUGUACUAUCUAGGAGCAAGAUGGUCUGCAAUGCAUAGCGCCGGCGUUGAAAGGAACACUUCUGACUGACUGGUAUAUUUUGAUGGGUGCAAUACGAGAAUCCACUUUUUGGCAGCAAGCUUUGCCGUAAUGAUAUAGCCAGAAUAGGCAACCACAACUUUUUGAAUGUAUUGGAAUUGUCGGCGCUGUCCGAUCAAUCAACGGUGCUGUGUUUAGAGGAAGUGCAAUGUUACUCACCACGUUGCUUUGAUGUGGUCAAUCAAUGGGUGGAAUUCUCACUAAGUAACUCCUUGCUGUGCCAAGAAAUUUCGACGUCGUAUCUCAUAUGCAAUCGAUCUCAUUUUCAAACACCACAA